UCAGAAAAGAGGACGAACGGCCGCCUUACAUGCUGAUCGUCGUUAUCGUGGCAAUCGCGGAUGACAAAAGGCGAUGAUGAUGAUGAUGAUGAUGAUAAUGAUAAUGACAAUGAUAAUGAUGAUGAUGAUGAUGAUGACGAUGAUAAUGACGAUGAUGAUGAUGAUGACGAGUAUUUGGAAAAACGAAGGAUGAUGGCGAUAGUCGUACCGAGCGACGAUGACGGCGAUGUGGAUGGGAUGAUGAUGAUGAUGAUGAUGAUGUCGAUAGUAAUUGGAAAGAAUGAUGAUGAUGAUGAUGAUGAUGAUGAUGAUGAUGAUAAGACUCGCUGUGAUGCCGUUGAUUGUUGACGAUGACCGGCAUCGGCGUUGAUUUCAGCCUCGUGAUGAGUGCGAGAGAGAGAGUUCGAUGAAGCAGGGUCUGUGGUAGCUUUUGUU